AUGACGUCGACAUCGAGGGCUCAAAGACCGGUCUCCACCGGUUCCCAUCCCAAUCCCAAUACCUAUAACAACUCGACGGCCAAUCCGUGCCUUUUUUCAAUGCCUUCCCCUCAAUGCUGUUCACCAACGGACGAGUUAUUGGGUUUUCCGAUCAAACAUACAAGACAUGACUUACAAGACUUACAGACACAGAAGCGAAUCACAGAAUUGUUGAGUGGACACCCGUCCCUCAAGUCAUUUUUGGCCGGUUCUGUCAGCGGCACAGUCUCUACACUACUCUUCCAACCUUUCGAUUUGGUUAAGACUAGAAUACAAAAUGCCAACAUUGCACCCCAUCCCACUAAUAUAUCGACAAUACGUGUCGUCCCGUUAGUAACACAAGUGCUGAGAGACGAACAGUUACUCGGCUUAUGGAAAGGAACAGUACCCUCCCUUUUGCGAUGUGUGCCCGGAGUGGGGCUAUACUACUGUUCGUUGGAUUACCUGAAGACACAAUUCUGUACGACAGCGUCGGGAGAGACGACUCAGCCUUCGGCCGUUCAGGCGCUCUGUUUCGGAGUCGUCGCCCGUUCCUUCUCGGGCUCAGUCCUUAUACCCGUUACUGUCAUUAAAACGCGUUACGAGAGCGGAGUGUUUGCCUACGGAAGCCUAUCACAGGCUCUUAGGCACACGUAUAUGAGCGAAGGGCCCAGAGGUUUGGCCCGGGGUUUGGUGCCCACACUCAUGAGGGACGCGCCCUUUUCGGGACUAUAUUUCAUGUUUUACUCGCAACUCAAACAACUAGUUCUCACCUCAUCGUCCACUUCGCCCAACAAUACAUCCAUUUCCCCGAUUCUCACGUUUACUAUCGGUCUGAACGCCGGACUCAUGGCAUCCAUAGUGACGCACCCCAUGGAUGUGGUGAAGACACGGAUGCAAUUAUAUCCCAAAGAGUUUUCGUCGUUAAUCUCGACGCUGGCGCUCAUAAUGAAGGAGAAGGGAGUGAAGGGAUACUUCUGUGGACUAUUGCCGCGAAUGCUUCGCCGGACACUUGUGGCCUCCAUGUCGUGGACUGUAUACGAACAGCUGGUCAAGAAUAUUGGCCUUAAAUAGGAGGUGCCCUUCAUAUUAGGACUACAUCUAACAAAUUAUUCAUUAACGUUUGUCAAACAUAAGCCAAACCAUAACACACUGUACAUCAUAUUUAUGGCUAUAAAACGCAUUCAAAACAUUAUCUAAAUGUUUGCUAAUCAGUGCAAUCAACCAUUUAAUUCAUUCAAAUCGUUAUCAACUUGUUGUUUAAAUAUUGCAAUUGUUUUAAUGAGAUUUUUAAAGCCAAUUAUGUAUUAAUUCAAAGUUUAGUUAUUUAUAUCAAAUGUUAUCUAAAUCGGUAAUCAAAUCACUGUUAUAUUCGUUAUUAAAUGU